UCAUGGAUCGUUGGGUUGGAAAGAUAGCCGUGGUGACUGGAGCUAGUUCUGGAAUCGGUGCCGCCACAGCUAAGGAAUUGGCCCGUUCCGGCAUGAUUGUGGUCGGUAUGGCGCGGCGUGUCCAUCUCAUUGAAGCGUUGCGCAACGAGUUGCCGACAGGUGCCGCAGACCGCCUACACGCCGUCAAGUGCGAUGUUAGGAAGGAGGAGGAAAUUCUGACCGCGUUUGCCUAUGUUAAAAGCAAGUUUGGUGGCGUUGAUGUGCUAGUAAAUUGUGCGGCAGUAACGAGUAUUAAAACCAAUCUACAGAUUGGAAACACGCAGGACGUUAACGACAUCUACGAUACCAACGUGAUCGGGAUGAUCCUUUGCAGCAGAGAGGCGUACUUGUCCAUGAAAAGUCGAUCUGUUGAUGGACAUAUUAUUCAAAUGGGCAGCAUUGCGGGGCAUCAGAUUUACGAUGCCCCAAUGAUGUCGAUCUAUAGCCCGAGCAAGUUCGCCGUCAUCGGACUUACCGAAGCAAUGCGGAUUGAGCUGAGAAAUGAUAAAACGGGAACGAAAGUUACUUGCAUUAGCCCCGGAUUAACGAGCCCGGGUAUAUACCGGGAUGUGCCUGGCGUUGAAAACCUUCCAUCACUGCAGCCAAGCGAUGUGGUCGAUGCGAUCAAAUAUGCCCUCGAUACUCCCCCGCGGGUGCAAGUCCAUGAAGUUAUUGUUCGUCCAGUGGGUGACACGUUCUAAGAUCAAAUAGGAAUUUUGAGGGUUUUGUUUUCGGUGUUUUGGAACUUUUGGGUAAAAAAUAUAUUGAGUUUAAAAAAACCCGGUUUUAAAUACCUAUUAUAUAAAAUUCUCUUGUAACGGUGCUCGUAGUACUACUCCUCCGA